AUGGGUGCCAAGAACGAUCGCAACCCCAAAGAUGACAUCAAGUUGGUACAUGGGGAUCUCCUGGAUUUCCUCUACGCUUCACAUGGUCGACUCUACGAUGCGAUGUGUCAGAAUUUGGAGAAAACCGGAGUCAAACGUGAACAGGCCUCUUACGGACUUUUCGUUCUACUCGGCUUGUAUCUGAUUUUUGGAUCACUCGCUCAAUUCGUGUGCAAUCUCAUCGGAUUUGCUUAUCCUGCUUAUGCUUCGGUUAAGGCAAUUCGCACUGCGGCGAAAGACGACGACACUCAAUGGCUGAUCUAUUGGACGGUGUUCGCCUUUUUCUCGUUGAUCGACUUCUUCACCGGUGCUUUGCUGAAGUGGUUUCCGUUUUACUACGUCGUAAAGACUAUCUUCUUGAUUUAUCUAUCGCUUCCUCAAACGCAAGGUGCCCUCUACCUCUACAAUAAAAUCAUCGAUCCGGCUAUUACCCUUUUCGACAAGUGUUUGAAUGCUCGAUUGUCGGGAGAAUCAGCAGGAGCAGAGGGCAAAGCGAAAGACGCA